GGCCCCGGGGCCUCCAUGAUGGAGGAGCGAGCGGCCGCCGCGGUCGCCGCCGCCGCCUCCUCCUGCCGCCCGCUCGGCUCCGCCGCAGGCCCCGGCCCGACGGGCGCGGCCCCGGCCCCUGCCCCGUCCCCCGGGCCCGGCCCGGCCGCUAAGGGAGGCGGCGGCGGAGGCAGCCCCGGGCCCACGGCGGGGCCGGAGCCCCUGAGCCUGCCCGGGAUCCUGCACUUUAUCCAGCACGAGUGGGCGCGCUUCGAAGCGGAGAAGGCCCGCUGGGAGGCCGAGCGCGCCGAGCUGCAGGCGCAGGUGGCCUUCCUCCAGGGAGAAAGGAAAGGGCAAGAGAAUCUGAAGACAGACCUGGUGCGGCGGAUCAAGAUGCUGGAGUACGCGCUGAAGCAGGAGAGGGCCAAAUAUCACAAAUUGAAGUUUGGGACAGACCUGAACCAGGGGGAGAAGAAACUAGAACUGUCAGAACAAGUCUCCAAUGGCCCUGUGGAGUCCGUCACCCUGGAGAACAGCCCGCUGGUGUGGAAGGAGGGGCGGCAGCUUCUCCGACAGUACCUGGAAGAGGUGGGCUACACAGACACCAUCCUGGACAUGCGGUCCAAGCGCGUGCGGUCCCUACUGGGCCGCUCGUUGGAGCUCAACGGGGCCAUGGAGCCCAGCGAAGGGGGCCCCAGGGCCACGCCGGGCCCCGGGGGGCUCAGCGGUGGUGAGUCGCUGCUGGUGAAACAGAUCGAGGAGCAGAUCAAGAGGAAUGCGGCAGGCAAAGAUGGCAAAGAGCGCCUGGGCGGCUCGGUGCUGGAGCAGAUUCCUUUCCUGCAGAACUGUGAGGAUGAGGACAGCGACGAGGACGACGAGCUGGACGGCGUGCAGCACAAGAAGCAGCGCGUGAAGCUCCCCUCCAAGGCCCUGGUGCCUGAAAUGGAGGACGAGGACGAGGAGGAUGACUCAGAGGAUGCCAUCAACGAGUUCGAUUUCUUGGGCUCAGGAGAGGACGGGGAGGGCUCUCCGGACCCUCGGCGUUGCGCUGGAGAGGGGACCCACCACGAGCUGGAGAGCCGGCGGGUCAAACUCCAGGGAAUUUUGGCCGACCUGCGGGAUGUGGAUGGGCUGCCCCCCAAAGUGACGGGUCCACCUCCUGGCACACCCCAGCCCCGGCCACACGAAGGUUCCUUUGGCUUCUCCUCAGACGUUUUCAUCAUGGACACUAUCGGGGGCGGGGAGGUGAGCCUGGGGGACUUGGCAGAUCUCACCGUCACCAACGACAACGACCUCAGCUGCGAUCUGUCCGACAGCAAAGACGCCUUUAAGAAGACGUGGAACCCCAAGUUCACCCUCCGCUCCCACUACGAUGGCAUCCGCUCGCUGGCUUUCCACCACAGCCAGUCGGCGCUGCUCACCGCCUCUGAGGAUGGCACGCUCAAGCUCUGGAACCUGCAGAAGGCUGUCACAGCCAAGAAGAAUGCUGCUCUAGACGUGGAACCCAUCCACGCCUUCCGGGCUCACAGGGGCCCCGUGUUGGCAGUAGCCGUGGGCAGCAACAGCGAAUACUGUUACAGUGGUGGGGCAGAUGCCCGCAUCCACAGCUGGAAGAUUCCAGACCUCAACAUGGACCCCUACGACGGUUAUGACCCCAGCGUGCUGAGCCACGUCCUGGAGGGCCACGGGGAUGCCGUGUGGGGCCUGGCCUUCAGUCCCACGGCCCAGCGCCUGGCCUCCUGCUCCGCCGAUGGCACCAUCCGCAUCUGGGACCCCAGCAGCAGCAGCCCGACCUGCCUCUGUACCUUCCCCACAACCAGCAAUCACGGGAUUCCCACCUCAGUGGCCUUCACCAGCACCGAGCCUGCCCACAUCGUGGCCUCCUUCCGCUCUGGCGACACCGUCCUGUAUGACCUGGAGGCUGGCAGCGCCCUCCUAACGCUGGAGUCCCGAGGGAGCAGCGGCCUGACCCAAAUCAACCAGGUGGUGAGUCACCCCAGCCAGCCCCUCACCAUCACCGCCCACGAUGACAGAGGCAUCCGCUUUCUGGACAACCGGACAGGAAAAUUGGUGCACUCCAUGGUUGCCCACCUGGACGCGGUCACCUGCCUAGCCGUGGACCCCAAUGGCGUAUUCCUGAUGUCGGGAAGCCACGACUGCUCCCUGCGUCUGUGGAGCCUGGACAACAAGACCUGUGUGCAAGAGAUCACAGCCCACCGCAAGAAGCACGAGGAGGCCAUCCAUGCCGUGGCCUGCCACCCUAGCAAGGCCCUUAUCGCCAGCGCGGGCGCCGACGCCCUGGCCAAGGUCUUCGUAUGAUGCCCGCCUUGCCCCGCCCUGGCCGCCACGCUGGCUGGGGAGCGGGGCCGGCAGGGGGGACUGAGGUGACUCCCAGCCUCAGUCUAGAGGCCUGGAGGCCCGGCCUCUUCCCACCUGCCUCGGAGCCUGGUGGUGCUAAGGGCCCUUUCCCCGGGAGGCCCUCCCCCACAGCCUGCCCCUCCCUGCGCCUGGGGGGCGGCCGCCUUAGGAACCACCCUCCAGGAAGGCCUCUGGGGCUGUCCGCUCCGCCCUGGUACCCACUCCCGGUCUCUGAGCUGCCUUCUUGGGGGCAGCACCACCAGCGCCGCGUGUCCUUGGGUAUCAGCUUUUCCAAGACGCCAGAAGGUGCCAGUUUCUCUCUUUGAACCCCGACCCCUUGUCUCCAUCCUCCCAGCCCCCAGUGGGAGCUGUGCUGGGAGGAACCCCAGAAGCCCCUGCUCUGGGUCCGCCGGGAGCCAUGGAGCCAGCUGGAGCCCAGGCUGUCCUCAGUGGGGAGCCAGGCCUGGCCCACCCCACGAGCACGCCCAGUCCACCACCUCCCUUCCAGGUCCCUCAACACAGCUUUCCAGACACUACCCAGCGCCUCCAGGGCCAGUAACUGCCUGGGGAGCAGGCGAUGCCCUCGGGGAGGCACCCGCCCCUACCUCCUCGACACUCCUCCGAGGGCAGCCCCCCGCCCCCCACAGGGUCACCCCUGGGGAGAGAUGGCUUCUCUUGCCCCUCCCUGGGGCAUGGAGGCUGAGUGGGGCCCCCCGGCCCCUAUAGCUGCCUGUAUAUCUGUAUAAAUAAAUGGGAUUUUAAUGGAGCCCCGCCCCCACGUCAUUAUCACUGUGUGAUAGUCUGUCGUCUCCUCUCCUGGUCCUCCACUCUCUUCCUCUAUUUAUUUCACUCUUUUUUGGGUUCCCUCUGAGCCCUUGGGCCCCCUCCAGGUUCCUGUUUAUAAGCCCCAUCCCCUGUGCCCUGAACUUGUAUGUGAAACUUGUCUCAAUAAACCCUUUGGAGUAAGA